CUUCUGGUUCAAUACCAGGCAGAUCUUCGACAAACGGGCGCGAGGCAUUCUCAUGUCCUGUCGCUGUCACUUCUGCUUUCUUCGUCGAUCCGCUAACUAUCAAAAGACAGAAACUCCCGUGUCGACAUCGAUACAAGAUGUCGGCUAAGGCCACAGAGCAGGAGAUAAGCCAGUCGGUGCUGGAUUUCGUGACUGACGGUACCUAUCCAGAGUCGGAGCAUGUAGUUGCUUCCAACUUUCCUACCUCUGUCUUGGUGAAAGAAUUGGAGCUGAUAUCAAAGGCUAGAGAGCAAGUUGAGGCCGAAAUCAGCUUUCUUAGUCGCGAAGAUGACUUUGACGCCGACGGGUGGAUUUCACAAGCGAAACAACUUCAUGCCGACAUCGAACGUUCUAGGGUUACUGCGCGUGAGAUUGUCGAGCAACAUGAGAAGACGCAGCCUUUACAGUUGAGGGUCGAAGAUGCUUCCGCAAAAGUUGGGCUAAUUGAGACCGAAAUUGCAUUCAAUCAGGCCGUGGCUAGUGCACUGGUAGAAGUACAAAAGCUCUGUAGACAGCUUGAUGACGGACGGACGGCUCUUGGAGAUGGCCGCGUUAUGGCUGCCAUCGAGAUAUUGGAAGCUACUGAGCAUUCUGUCAAGCAGAACAGCCACUUUACAAACACGAACGUCUUACAUAUACUGCUAGAAAAUACUGCUGGACUGCGGAAAGACAUAAUGGAAGCUGUCCGUAACCAUUGGAACGGACAAUUGCAUAUUGACAAGAGGGAGGGGAAGCUGGUGAUAUCCAGAAACAACGGUGAUUUAUUGGAAGAGACUAUCGUGGCUCUAACUCGGCUAGAGAUGUUCUCUUCAACAAAGGAUAGGUUCCAAAAAGAGUUGAUGUCUAGGAUAAUUGAUCCGGUCUUGCUGCCCGGAGUCACUGGACACAGCCACAAUGUUCGUGUCUCGGAGUCUGCAAUCUGUCUCGAGCCGCAGCCAUCGGUGACUUCUGUUUCUGAACUUCUUGAUCGCAUAGUCAACGUGCUGGGAUUUUUGAGGCAGUGUCUGCCAGGUUCCAUUGCAGACUCGUUCUCAGAUAUGUUCAUUCCCUCGCUGUCAUCGAAGAUCAUUGAGUUCUGGUUAUCACCCGCGAUCCCAACCGAACUUGAAGGCCUGGGCAAGUUCGAACAGAUCCUUGAUCGUGUCCUUAAAUUUACCAAAUCCAUGGAAGGUUUUGGCUGGCACGGCCAAGAAGAACUCGUCUCUUGGGUUAAUCAGGCUCCACGCCUUUGGCUGGCUAGACGACGGGUUGACUCGUUGGACCAGGUUCGCAGAAUUCUCGUUGCAUCCCAUGGUAUCACACAACAGGUAGAAAGAAUUGAAGUCGAGAAAGUUUCUGAGAACGACAAAGCCCUCCUGGAGAAUGCUACACCUGAUGACUGGGACGCUGGUUGGGAAGAGGACAACGAAAGCGGCUCUAAAGGGAAGCAGUCUGCUAUUCCCGACGAUGAAGAGGACGUGAGCGCCUGGGGUCUUGACGACGACGAUACCGAAGAAAAUGACAUGAAAACGAAACAAAGUACAACUACGACAUCCGCGGACGAGGAUGAUGCAGGAGAUGCCUGGGGCUGGGGAGAUGACGAUGAGGAACAACAUGCCGACGAUUCACAGUCCAAAGAACCCGCUUUUACUGGGGCUGCCAAUGGCAAGGGGGUCGCACAUCAGGCCUCUCCACGAGAGGUUACCUUGAAGGAGAAGUAUACUAUAACAGACAUUCCCCACUCUAUCUUGGGAAUUGUUAAGCAGCAAAUCACAGAUUCCAAUGCCAUAUCCCAACCUGCACAUGCCCACUCACGCGUUGUUUCCUCUGGAACAGGACUUCUUGCGCUCCCUACCCUGAUACUGGCCAUGUUCAAAGCUACCGCCUCGACGUUCUACGGACUCAAAUUGAAUGCAGGACAGAUGUACCUAUAUAACGACAGCUUGUAUCUCGCCGAUCAAGUGCGUAAUAUCGCCGAGGAGUACCAGCUCACAAGGCUUCAUGCAGAUAUUGCCGCACUUGAAAAAUAUGGCAAAUUAGCCUACAGCAAGGAGAUGCAGACUCAGCGCACAAUUGUCACGGACCUUCUCGAUGGGGCACAAGGCUUCAGCCAAUGCUCAGAGCAGCCGUUCCUUGGCGAAUGCGAGAAUGCGAUCAGCGCGACUGUGGACAGAAUUCGGGACGUUUUCAAGGAAUGGCAGCCGAUCCUGUCACAUUCCGCGCUUCUUCAAUCCGUCGGCUCGUUGGUAUCAACUGUUGUCAGCAAGAUCAUCAUUGAGAUUGAAGAUCUGGGAGACAUCUCAGAACCACAGUCCCAGCGACUUGUGUCAUUCUGCAACCAAGUGUCCCAGUUAGAGGAUCUGUUCAUCCCGGAGGCCUUGGAAGACACCGAACGUUCGCCCAUGACAGCCGUCUAUGUGCAGAACUGGCUAAAAUUCCAGUAUCUGAUCAAUAUCCUGGAAAGCUCUCUGGCCGACAUCAAGUUUCUUUGGCUGGAAGGCGAAUUGCGUCUGGAGUUUUCACCAGAAGAAGUAGUCGAUCUGAUUGAAGCUCUUUUUGCUGAAUCCGACUAUCGGCGAAAGGCCAUUUCAGAUAUCCGAAGGGCAUCCCGAGGGCAAUGAUCUUUUACUCAUGAAGUUGUAUAUAGUAUUUUAAACAUAGCAAUUCCACCCUUUC